AUGGCCCUGGGUUGGAUGGCGUUUAUUCUGUUUGGAGGGUGUAGUAUAGCGCUGGAAAAUACAAAGACCUUGACUGUGUCUCAAAGAUGUAUGAAGGACACCAACACGUUCCUCUGGGAAAUUAAGCAAGACAGGCCGAAGGAAUACGCUGUACUCAUGUACGAUGCAUUUGGAAAGCUGGGUAGCAAUGUUGAAGGAGGCAAUGCCAACCAGCCUGGCCUGUUGCAGCAGUGUCGCUCUGCACACGGUCCCGCCUUCUCUGGACAGUACUGCCAGGUGUUCCUUAGGCAGGGAACAGUCCAGUACUUUGUGGGCAUUUGUGUUCCUGACUCCUGUGGGGAAGAUGAUGUGGAAAUGCUGGUCCUGUACGGGAGACUGCAGUUUGGUAAGAUGUCCCUCAUCCCUCCUUUACCUCCCAUCCUGGUCAAUCAGUCCACUCAGGAGAUGAUCAUGACCCACUGCUUGCCCAACACCAUUGCCCCUGAUGCAUCAGAUGUCACCUGUCUGUUUGUGUGUUGUACAAUGGUAGCAAUUCCUCUUGCAGCUACCCUGUUUACAGCUAUAAUACGGUGGCACCGGAACAGAGAGGUCAGUCCAACAGCGGCGUCUUCCUGUUUAAACACUGGCCUGAACCUUUAUGGGACCCUGAAGACCAACAGCUCCUCCAGUAGCGAUAUAAAUAGCAGCACUUCAGAGGAAAAUAGUAGUCAAGGUACCAGGCGCACUCCACUGCGUUUUCCUCAAAGCUGUGUGUACCGGUGCCUUCAGGCGUUCUCUCUACAGACCACCAGCCAGGGUGUAUUAAGCACCUCCUCAUCCAUCCCAGGAGGAGGCUACUCCUCCCUUAAUGGCAUCCGUGUUCUCAGCCUGUUAUGGAUCAUGUGUGGACACUCUGCACAGUUCCCCGUAAUAAACAAUCUGGACAACUACAAAAACUGGAAGAAAACAGUUGAAAGCAGCCCUCUGCAUGUGCUCUCCAUCAGCGGGCCUGUUUUUCUGGCUGUGGACACCUUUUUACUGCUCGGGGGUCUGCUCAGUGCGAGGUCUCUGCUGGGCUCCAUCAACAGGGCUGAAGACAAACUGAGUCCCAGUUUGAUCGCUAACUACCUCUUCAGGAGGAUUAAAAGGAUUCAACCACUGCAUCUGUUUAUCAUGUGUCUAACCAUCAGCCUAAUCUCACUGAUUCAGUGGGGACCCUACUCGUUUCCAUUUAUAGAUGCGCUGAUGGAUUGUAAGACCUACUGGUGGGCUAAUUUGCUGUUGAUUAGUAACCUGCUCCCAGUCCAUGAGAUAUGUAUUCCUUGGACAUGGUACCUGUCUCUGGACUUCCAGUGUUAUGCCACCACUCCUCUGCUGGUCUAUUUUUACAGACUAAACAGAGGUGUGUUUGUGGUUGUCGCUGGAGGCCUCCUGCUGAUGACCACUGUGGUCAGUGCUGUUAUAACUGCACUCCUGCAGCUGCCGGUGUUUCAGCCAUCAACACUGACAUCUGAAAAUUACGUAUUGUAUUACUAUGUGAAACCCCACACAAGGUAUGGCCCUUUUUUAGUAGGAAUCUUGACUGGAAUAUACUUGACAACAAAGAAAAAUCAGCUGUUAAAGCAAAAGUGGCAGGCGGUGCUUGGUUGGCUCUGCUGUCUGUCACUCAUGGCUGUGGUGGUGGGAUUGGCAUAUGUCCUCAGGGAGACCCCAGCUCAUCCAUCUGUGCCACAUGCCCUCUACCAGGGACUGCACAGGCCACUCUGGGCUCUGGCUGUGACCUGGAUCAUAGUGGCCUGUGAGGAGGGUUACGGAGGUUUCAUCAAGAGCCUCUUGUCACAGGGUUUCUGGGUUCCUCUUUCUAACAUUAGCUUUGCCUGCUAUCUGACACAUCCUGUCUUCAUCAUCCUCUACAUCGGCUUGCAAGAGACCCCAAUCCACUACACAGACCUCAACUUUAUGUACAUGUUCCUUGGCCACCUGGUGCUCACACUGGUGGUCGGCUAUGUGUUUACUGUUCUGGUUGAGAAGCCUUACCUCCUCCUAAAAUGGAGCAGUACAUAACAAGACAAGUCAACACUCAAAAGACUGUAUACAGUUAACACCCUUAUAUUACUGUACAUUCUGUUUGCUUGUGCCUUGUAAGCUAUGCCAAUUGUUCCGUUCCGCUUUUGUAGAUAUUAAACCUGUUUGUUUCUAAAAAAGAAACCAAGAAAAAAGUCAGAGGGUUUUUUCUAUAGUGAUCUCUCAGGGUUUACAUUACAACUUUUACAUUGCAAACGGUAUCCUGCAGCCUACAGAAUAUACAAAACACAUUUAUCAACCUUGAAAGUGAUAAUGUAGAAAAUAUAUUGAAAAUGUUUUUGAGUUUUCAUCUCCACAAUCAAUAUCACCAACAAAUAAGUAAUGGGAAUUGGGAUACACUGAUCUGUGACUUAAGACGUAUGUGGGCCAGGGCCAUUUGCCCCUUCCCUACCUCCUACUCCCCUACUUCUGGCCCCCUUACUGGGACCAUCCUUGAACUCAGCCUUUGGCUCUUUCACACAUGCAUUGCAAACCUGAAAUUAUCUAGACAUUACAGAGAAGAGCUGUAUCUGAGAAUGCAAAUGUCCCAGUGUCAGUUCGAUCGUACAUUAAACUGACUUUACCUGCCAGCUCCCAAGUAAAAAGUCUACGUAAUGUCAGAAUGAGCUCAUGUGUAAAUUGCACAGCUAUUUGUCCAGAGAAUUCACAGCAAAUGAGUUGGUAUGUUGAUGACAUGAUGAUUUCUAUGAUGCAGCUUGCACAAAACUGGAAUAAAGUUUACAAUAAAGGGUGUAAUGGCAGAAGCCAAAAUCAUGAGACCAAUUCAAGGAUGACUCUGUUCUUUAUGACCAAAUUACAAACUGGCUACGUGACAUUGUAAUCCAUGU